CUACAAUUGCACUAGUGUGCACUAUUUCACCAUGCCGUUACGUAGAGGACCUGCAUUCUCUGUGGCUUGCAGUGUUGUCGUAACCGUGGCAUAGAUCCAUUACAGAGCAAUAUUUAUGCAUAUGACAUAGCUCAGAUAGGUUAUUGGCAGGCCAGGCUGAACGAGUGCCUGGAACGAGUGCUUGGAAGGGGCCCCUGCGUGCCCACUCGGCCACACUGAGCAUAAGUACCGACUGCAAUGGCUUGCUGCUUCAGGCCUUGGAAAGGGCCCCGAGACGAGGCGGACGCCACGUCCCACCAAGAAAUAGUUAGUGCGCCGCACAAGCCUCCUACGAGCAGUUUUGCAUCGCCACCUCCUCGGGACGAUGGAUUUGCAAGCAAAGCACCACAGGCAUCAGUCGCGUCGCUUGGGGCCGCAAGCAACCACUACGACCAGGCGCCCUUGGCGUGGACUUACGCCUGGCAGGACCUCCGAGUUGCACUAUUAAGCACAACCGGCACACCUCUAGAAAAGAUCGCUGCGUGCGCUACGGCCAUAUCUUCGGCGCUGCACGAUGAGGCAUCAAUUGUCAGCGUCCUCGGGGUGGCGCCUGGCGGCUGCAAGUGCGUGGUCCUUGGCAGCGACGGCCGCACGGCGCCAGCUCUUCCCCUGGGCCUGCUGCUGCCCCAGUUGCUCGGCGGCGGGCCCGUCAUAGAGCUGGAACUGCCCGAGGUGGCCCCGGUCGCGGACGGCGCCGCCUCGGGGGCGCAGCAGGGGCUGCCGACCGAGUGGCGCCGGGCGCUGGUGGACUUGCAGCUGAUGCUCGCCUGUGACAGCGAGCGCAGGAAGAACCUGCGGGUGCUGCUGCUGCCGCUUAUCUUCGGCUCCCGGCGAGCCGGCUGGCUACUGCUGGCGCUGCCCCGCACCUGGUCGCCGCCGUACCCCGCCGCGGACGCUGGCGCUGCUGGCGCCACCGCGGUGGACGCAGCCCUGUGGUCGUUGGCAUCUUGCGUGGCGGAGUGCUGCCUGGGGCCCGUGAUGGCACGAGUAGACCAGAUGUGCGAUGCAGUGGAGGCGGCGUCCUCGGCCGAUAGCCUGCAGGAGCUCGUGUCCAGCGUGGUAACUGCCGUGUCAGCCACCCUGACGUACGAGCUCCACGUGGACCUGGGCGUACGGCUGGCGCUGCUGCCGUGCAAGGAGUCGCCCACAGGCGUGCUCUUUUACUCCACAGCGCCGGCGGCGGCUGGCUGCGCGGGGGAGGCGGCCAGCGGCGCCGUGCCGCAAAGCCCAAUGGGAAAGCUAGGUGGCCGUGCGCCGCCCACAGCCUCUGUUUCCAUGACCAACCUGGCCAUGCGGCAGCAACUCGUGCCGCCGGGCCACCAGCCCUCGCUCCACUCCCACUUCGAUCCCGGACCCAUGGUGGUGGCGGAGAGCGCCGCCGCGGCAGCGGCGCUGCUUCCCGCCACGAGCAUGCCCACGGACUUUGUGCGCACGUCGGCCCCCGGGACUAGCGGAGCGCCAGCCCUGGCGGCGCCGGCCGGCGCCGGUGACGUCAUCCCUUCCAAAGGUCACGCUCAAGUCGGCAGCGGCAUCACAGGCGACGCGGCGUAUCCGGACAUGUCGCAGUCGGCGCUGCUGGCGCAGUCGCAGCUCCCGCAUGGCCGGUCGCAGCAGCAAGACGGGCCCAGCCGCAUCCUGCAGAUUUCUCGCUCAGAUCGCCGGCACGCCGCCACGGCCAGUGGUAUGGCCACGCACUCUCCCCACGGCACCGGCGCCGCGCAGUCGGUCGUACUGCCCACUGACGUUGAGCAUGCAGUAGCGCUCCUGGGGACCACCGGCGCCGGCGCCCGCAUGACAGCGUCGGGCGUUGCUGCAGUGACUCCGCGAGGCAGCGUCGCGCACGCGACCAUGCCUGCAGCCUUCAUGACUCCUGGGCACGCGCUCGGCGCAGCAGCCGCCGGCGCCGUGAUCACGUCUGCCACGGCACCGUCAGCGGCGCGGCUACAGGCCUCCUGUGGCAUCGCUGUGGGCCGCAACAGCCGGAUGCUGUAUAGGCGCGCCAUCACGAGUGGCUUCGCCCUUUCGCCAGGUGGUGGCGUGGUGGCAACGCAGCCCUUGUGGAAGGCCGGUCCCUUCAACACGAACUCUACGCUCCUGGCCUCGCUCCUAGAUGGCGCCCAUGGCAGCCGCCGCGGCCGCCCUCCCGGCGGCGGCACCGGCGGCAGCGCCGUGGGCAGCGCCAUCAGCCCCGCCACCACCGGCACGGGCAUGCUUGGUCACACGCACUCUGUGCUCAACGUGCUAAGCCAGCCAAUGGCUAAUGUCAACAGUAGCAGUGGCUUCGUGGCGACAGCCCUGGCAGCUGCGUUUGGGCUGUCGCCACCGGCCGGCGCCGCCUCGGAGCAUGACAAGUCGGGCGGCAUCGGCCCCGUGCGCCGCGGCGGGGGGAUGGGCUCUAUGGACGCCGCAGCGGGCUUCGUGACGCCGACGAGCGCGGCUGUUGCAGCCGCGGCUGCGGCGGCGCAGGUGGACAUCCGCAGCGGUGGCAGCGGGAACGGUGCUGUCGCCAGCCAUGUGCGGCUGCAGGCAUCGGUUGUGCCCGACGUGCCUAGCUACCUGCAGAACACUAGUCGCCCCACCGCUGACGUGUUCAAUGUGGUGCGGCGCACCGGCAUUGCCGGCGGCCUGGCGUCGCUCAUUGCCAUUGUCGCCGCGUCGACGCCCAGCAUCUCGGCCGCAGCCAUGAUGGGGCCUGAUGCAGCGAAGGGCGCGCAAGCCGCCAGCGGUGCCGGCAUGGCUGGGACUCCGCGGCGCAGCAUCCGCCGCAACGCGUCCGCAAGCAAUGUACUGUACGCGGCAUCUGCCAGCAUUCCCGCCAGCGUAGGCCCGGUGGAUGCGUCGCAACAGGCGACGGUGGGAGCACAGCCGCGCGGGUCAAAGCUGCUGGGGCAGACGGCCAGUGCGUCGGGACCGGCGCUGUGUGUGUACAUUUACAGUCACCUGCCGCUGCCGGCGUCGCUGCUCCACGUGGCCAAGGACCGCGCGAUGUCGCUCCUGCGGGUGCUGGCCCCGGAAGUGCUGCGCGCCCUCACGGCCGGCGGGCUGCUGGGAGACGAGUGGGCUUUCCUUGCUUCGCGCGCACAGACGGUGCUGGGCAACCCAGGACAGGCGAGCGGCCCUGCAGUGGGCACGCCCACAGCGCCGCCGCGUGAUAGCAGCACUAGCAUCCCGCCGCCACCGCUGGCGCCCUCGCCGCCGCCAACCAUGCCACCAGGCCUAGCUGGCGCCAACUACACGUGCCCGGCAAUGCCCUUCGUAGCAGCGUGUGACAGCAGUGUGGGCGGCGCGCGCGCGCCGCCUGUGUCGGCCAGCUCACCGCGGGCCCGUCUGGCGCCGGCCGGCUUUCCGGUCUUCUCACACGUCAACGGCGGCGCACCCGGUGUCCGCAGCAGCAGCCCGGGCUCAGCGACUAUUGCGCGUACGCGCCUGCGCACUGGCACCGGGCCCAACCACGACCCCAGACAGCAGCAGCAGUACACGUCCCCGUUUGUCACCGGCAGCAUGCUUGCGGCAACCGCUGUGGUACCGCACGACCCGCUGGAUUGCCCGGACGCACCAGCAGCCACGUCCGCGACCGCCGGCACACCGGACUCGGCUUUGGCUGCAGCCUGCAGCGCCGCGGGCAACAACACGCUCAUUGAGCUUUUGGACAUGUGUGGGGAUGGCAGCGUCCCUGGCGUCAGCCUAGGGGGCCUCCGCACGCAGCAGGGCUCGGUCCACUCAAUCGCUCACGGCGCUGCCUCUCGAUCCAUUACCGGCAACGGCUUUGUUAGCGGGCUGGGGUACGGCGGCACUGGCGGAGUCCCGGGCCUCAACAGCACCACGCUCCUGACCGACACGAUCACGGACCUGGGCGGCGCUGUGACGCGGCAGACGCAGAUGGCGACGCUGGUCACGGCUUUCACCACCACGCUUGCGCGCGCUCGCAAGGACAAUGAGCAGGAGGGCGGGAUGCAUGCGGAAGAUGACAUCCGCGCUCUAAAGAUUGUUCGCGCCAUCGGGCAGGGCGGCUGCAGUGUGGUGAUGCUAGGGCGGCUGCACGCCAUGCCCGUCGCCGUCAAGGUCAUUCUCCCGGUGGGUGGCGACGAGGAUGAGCAACUCCAGAGCGGCCCGGGCGGCCGCGGAGGUGGCAACCCCACGCUCCAGGCGCUGUGGCCCGCUGACGACCGCGCCGACGGCAACAUCAAGGGCGGCGGCGGCGAGCUGCUGCUGCUGCCCAACGGCGAGGACGACGCGCCGGGAUACCAAGUCCGCUUCGGCGGCGGCAUGGGCGCGGCGGCGGCGGACGAGCAGAGCUUGAGCGAGGACGACCUGUCGAAGCGCAAGCGGCGGCGCACCACCGUGCGGCGGCGCAGCCAGCUGGCAGCCAUGAUGCGUGGCGCGCGGGAGCUGGCGGUGCUCACGACUGUGAGCCACCCCAACAUCGUGCAGGUGUACUCAUACUGCACGCGCGUCAUUGUGAACGACACCGCCGGCGGCGGCCUGCCGCAGCUGGAGGUGGUUCCCGAGGGCGAGCCCCUCACCAGCCCGCUGUGCACCGCCCUCAUCAUGGAGUACUGCGACAUGGGCUCACUGGCAGACGCCAUCGACUGCGGGGCCUUUGCCAAGGCGGCGCGGGCGGCUGCCCGUGCAAGCGGCGGCUCCAGCAGUAGUCGCGUGUCAGACCUGCACCAGUCAGCGAGCGGGCUGCUACCGCGGCGCAUGGACGUCGCGGCCACCGCGGGCACGCCUGCGAUGCGCGCGGUGUACCUCACGCUGCUGGAGGUGGCGCUGGCGCUGCGGCACCUGCACUCCAUGAACCUGGUGCACUGCGACGUCAAGCCCGCCAAUGUGCUACUGCGCUCCUCCGCCACCGACCCCCGCGGCUUCACCGCCAAGCUCACGGACUUUGGCUUCGUGGAUUUAAUCCGGCGCCAAGGUGUGGAUGGCGGCGGCUGCCAGGUGCUGUGUGCGGAUGACGACGAGGAGGAGCACGCGGCGGGAGAGAACAAAACGCCGGCAAAACCCAUGGGCACGGUCACGCAUAUGUCGCCGGAGCUGCUAACUGGCGCGCCUGUGGACAGCAGCGAUGAUGUGUAUGCUUUCGGCAUUCUAAUGUGGGAGAUCUUUACCGGCAAGGCGCCCUACGCGCAGUACGCCGAUAACGACUUUUUGGAGGUGCCUGCCAAGGUGGUGAAGGAGGGCCUGCGACCGCGCUUCCCAUCGGACACACCGCUGCACUUCAACACGUUGGCGCAGGAGUGCUGGUCGGCACAGCCAGGCCGCCGCCCCACCGCGCCCGCGCUGGUUACUCGGCUGCAGUCGCUGUUAGACGCCAGCUGUAGUUAAAGGGUCGGCAGCAGGUAAUGCGCCUUAUGCAUGCGGGGCAGCUUCGGACUAGGCAGCGCAUUUCUACGUCCAUGCCCUUGUCAUGUGGGGCUAGUCAGAGCGGCAGACCGGAUGCCGUGAUUGUGAGGCCGUGAGCGCAAAUGCCAGUGCGCUCGCCAGCUUACUGAUGACCGCGAAAUUCACGGCACUAUCCCGGCGCGCUCUCGUGAGGGACAUUGCUGCCGAGGACGUUUGGACCUAGGCGAGGCUGAAAACCUUGAGGGAAAAAGACGAGCACCCUAACCUGGGGUAUCCCCGUGGGGCAUCCCGAGACGCAGACAUUGCAGCUAUACGGGAAGCUGACAGUUUUUGUACACGUGCAGGUAUGAUUUGUGUGAUUUCUAUUGCUUGGCCAUAUGAACUCGUAAUGCCAUGGAUGCAUACCUCCAACUACAUCAUGGUCGGAACAUGAAUGACUGAACUGUGCUGUAGUUGCAUCCGAAGACAAGCUACAAAUGCACCAUGAAUGUGUGGUAGGCGACGCCAGGGGAGCGUAUGUAUGUGGUUUUCGUGUGUAGUGGCAUCGCUACCUUGCCGAGCCUUGUGAAUCCCCGGGACUGUCAGUGGUAGCGCUCAUAGGAGCGCACACCAGCUGCCCAUGUGUGUGCCUGCUUGUUGGCUGUGUUGUAUGGUGUGUGCAGAGGCUCCUUUGUAUGUGUUGCUUUGAUUGAUUGGCGUGUGGUGGCGGCCGGUUGUUGCAUGAAAGUGUCAUGAGCAGCGCUGGGCCCGGGCUUUGCAAUGAAAUCUCUUAACCAAGCAACGAAACGCUAAUCCGAAGGGUCACCAGGGUGAAACAGAUUGAGAGAUAUGAUGUCGGUAGGACCCCGCCCCAAUGGCAACUUGCAUACCAACAUCCGUAUGAGCCUCGGAUGGUUGGAUAUGCUGUGAGGAAGCUGUAUCACGCGUGUAGUUGUCAGAAGUUGUGUCAGCCAAAAGGAACCCCCGUCGGGCGUGGUGCACGCCAAAGGCGUCAUUACAAAUUCCGCCUAAUAAACAUGCAUGCCGUGUAUGUGGCGGCUACGGUACGGUUGGGGCAAGCGCGAGGAUAUCAUAUGCGGUUUGGUACGCGCGCAGUGGCAAGUACGUUUGACGUACAAAUUGAGAUCCAACAUGCAUGCGUUUCUUCAACGCUUGGUUGAAGGGCUUCGGGAAUCGGGAUACCUUGCUUUGCCACGUGUUUCUCGGGGGUCGCCAUACGGGCACGCACGUGUUCUUUUGUCACUAUCGUGCAAUUAAUUUGGACGUGGGCGUGUUUGCAAUAGUGGUGUGAAGGGGGGCCGCACCUUUGCACGGGGCAGGAGUUCGCAGCUGGCCACUCCGGCUGCAUCAUUUUUGCUCCUGCAUACGCCAGCUUUGGUGGACAGGCCCUAUCCAUCCAUAGAUCCACUGUCGGCUGUUUAGUUGAUGAAGUGGGGCCCUGCUUGGUGGAAGUGCCAGGUGAAAGUGCCAAAAAUGUUAUGCCCUGGUAAGCAUGGGCAGGGCGUGUCGAGUGUGUGGUUAUGCAUAGGCCGCUGUGUGCCGGGAGUGCUGCGGCCCAUGGCCCUUUGAUUGCUGAAUGGCGGUGUAGGAAUGUUCAAGGAAGAAAGAGCCCGGCGGCUGGGCGUUAUGGGCGUAUGCAGAGCCAGCAUCAAAUAAGUCUUGCAAUCAUA